ACCGGGGUUGGAGGAGAUGGUGCACGUGAAGGAUUUGAGCAAAGAGAGAGAACCGGUCCCGGCUUUAUGCACAGGGCGCGAUCACAUCUCCAGUUCCUAACCACGUAGACCUGAAGUCUACUCCAGAUUAAACGUACCUUGUGAGGACCUUUCGCAAGCCUUUCUUCAACUGAACAUUCUCGCUUUCCCCCACCCGGCACGGCCUCUAUUUUUCUCAUCCCGUUUAAGUCUCCUGCCUUUUAUUGAUUUUGUUCGUCCUGACUUUAGCGCCAGUUUGGGAUGGAUUCUUGAAGACAUUCGCUCUUGAUUACCUGAGAACCUGAUAUACACCAGUGCUGGAUGAAUCAUGAUAUCAAGAUGGCAGUUUAUAAACAUGGUCAGCUGAUUCCUUCUCUAGAAGAUGUAAAGCUCAGAAGACCAGUGAUAACCGAAAUCAUAGAAAAGAAGUUUGAAUACUAUAGAAAAGAGACUUUAAACAUAGGUGGAACUUUAGUCUUUGGAGCAAGUGGGAGUUUGUCUGGAAUACUUGCAAACUUAAUUUUCAGAAACAGCUUCAAGGUUCAGUAUGAAGCUUUGAAGACCUAUGCAUCCUUGACCACACUUCCAUUUUUGGCUACCAUCGUUACUUACAAGCUCUUUGUAACUGACCCUUUGCAUUCAGAUAACAUAAGCAAGGAAAGCUGUGUUUUGAGAAGUUCGCUGAUUGGCGUAGCAUGUGGUUUUUCAUAUCCCAGUGCUUUGGCUUUUUAUAAAAAUGGACGUUUGGCAGUUAAGUAUCACACUGUUCCACUGCCACCAAGAGGAAGAGUUAUGCUCCAUUGGUUACUCCUUUGUCAGACUGGGAUGAAAGCAAUGGCCAUUCCUCUACUCUUUCAGGUGUUAUUUGGAGUGUUUCAUGGCUUACGCCACUAUACUAUAUAUGAAAGACAUGCAAACAGUGUUCGUGAAGAUUAAUCAAAGAAUCAGUGGAGGCCAAUUCAGCAGAAUGGAUCAUUUUAUAAUAAGGACUUGGGCACUGGUCAAACAAUGAAAAGUAACUCUGUUCCUUUUGCCUAGUAUUUAUUAGAUCUCAGUAAAUAUAAAUGUGAAACAAA